GGCAGACUCAAGUGCGUCGAGCGGAGAGAGAGGCUGGGCGCCUUGAAUAUCUUCUAUUCUACGGUCGGGUAGCCAAAUCCGCGAAAUGGACCCCAGCAACAACUGCGCCAGCGAUGGCAGCGGCAGUGACGGAAACGAGGAUCGCUUGGUGAACACCUCGUCGCGGGGCGGCCGCCUCAUGCCGUCCUCGCCUACGGGUCCUCAACUCAUGUCGUUGUUCAACCCUGCUGUUGAUGCCGGGAGCUCCGGGUCUUCCUUGUCGCCAUCAUCUUCCGGGGCCUUCGACCAGGAGGCACUGCCCACACCGAAUCGAGUUCGCUGCCUCCGCCUAGUCCCCACGAACAACACCAUCAUCAUGGAGGGUGAGCUCCUCGACGACGACGACAACGAACCAGGUAACCCCUCCGGCACCAGGCGCUCCACCUUCAUCGACAACAACGGGCCCAUCAAUAGGGUCUCCAUCGUCAGCGACCUCGACCUCGUUUUGGUCGGUGGGAGCCGCCGCAGGCGCCGCGUCUCCAAUGUUCAGGUGGGAUCCUCGAGCCGACAGCCAGAGCCAGAGCAAAGGCACUGUCUGCCCUUUUACAUCCCAACGAAUUUCUUGAGGGACCCGCCGCCCCCGAACAUGAAUUUCCUAGAGGGCCCGCCACCCAUGUCGCCCCUACCGCCUCGGAACAUGAAUUUUUCAGGGGGUCUACCACCCCCGAACAUGAAUUAUGUAGAGGGUCCGCCACCCACUCCGUCAUGGGGGAUGACACCCGAAGGAUUCUUCCUGCCCCAAAACGCCUACGCGCCACCUGCGGUGAGCUACUACCAACCACUACCAGAACCACUCGAGGUCAUCACCAGGAGGUCUUCAGGACUCUACCCGCCGCCUGGUAUCACCAUCGGCUUCCCUCUGAACAGAGAAGGAUACGCGCCGGCGCCGCCGCCGCCGCCGGAGCCGCGCGUACGAUCCAAGGUCACCAUCAAGCCCCCGCCGGGCAGCGAAGGGACCUCGACAUCGGCACCCAAACAGCCGGAGCAGUCCGUACCAUCAAGGGCCACCACCACCUCGGCCCCGCCGGCCAGCGAAGGGUGCUCGUCGUCGUCGGCACGGGUGCCGACAUUCCAGUGGCCCCCGACUGCAGAGGAGGACGCCUUCUUCACCGAGAAGCUGUAUGGCCCCAGCCGCCGUCGCAGGCUGCCCGUGUUCCAGGACAUCUGCCCUGACGACGAAACAAGCCAACCCCCUACCCCUCCGACAAGCCAACACCCUCCGUCUCCUCCUCCUCGGACAAGUCAAGAGCCUCCGCGUCCUCGUCGGGGACCGUGAGAUGGUUCGUCGCUCCGGCCCCUUACAUUCCCUGUUAGUCGCUCGUCGUCUCUACAAAGUCGCCUCGCACCGGACGAUGACGACGGUGAGUGAACGCAUCGUCGCGGUAUAAUGACUUUUUUUUUGAACUUUCCGCGGUAUUGACUUUCGUGGGAGCUCCUUUUCUGCCGAACCUUGAGUAAUCGCAUCUGCGUCAGAUUCCUCUGCAAACAAAAUGCUCUGGUUUGUGGAUCGCUGACCCAAAGACAUUGUAGCUGUGGUUGGUUGUUGUCUGAACUUUGCUAGUCCAUUUAAGCACAUAGUAGUCGUUGGGAACGGAAAUGAUUUGGUGCUGUAGGAUCGAAUCAAUGCCAUUUUAUGGUGUUUGGAACUUC